AUGGAUGGCCCACGGUGCAAUGGCUAUCGCAAGAAGAGGAGAUCCAAAUCCCAAAGGGAUAGGGAAGUCAGGUCCAAAGGAGGAUUAGGGCUUUCCAGGACCGGCUCUUUGCUUUCUUCCUCUGGAUCUGAGAGAGAAGACAAUAGGAACCCGGCUGCUUCUUCCUUGUCCAGACCAAAGCCCCCUAGGAGAAAGAGGAAAGAGUCCUCCUCGGCUGAAGAAGACAUCAUUGAUGGAUUUGCAAUGAGCAGCUUUGUGACUUUGGAAGCUCUAGAGAAGGAUGGAAGCUUGAUGCCAGAAGAACGUGAAGCCAAGCAGCAGACUCCUCUCAGUAAAAAGAAGCGGGGCAUUUUGAGCAAUGGACUGUCUUUUAAACCACAAAAGAACAAUAAACCACAAAAGAAUAAUAAAUACAGCCACCACUAUGGCUCGGAUAGGGAAAAUGAUCGCAACCUCUGCCAACAACAGUUCGGAAAGAAAAGGUUUCAGAAGAGACAGAAAAAGCUCAAGCCAGGACAGAACAAUUGCAGAGACAAUGACAGUGAAAGUCCAAGCAGAGAAUCAAAACCUUCACAGAGAAGUGCUUCACGGGAGCGUCUAAGUGAUAGUUCAGCGGCUUCCAGUUUGGGAACCGGCUACUUUUCCGUAGUUGAAGCCAAUCAAUAUUUUUGUGAUGCCUAUAGUAUGAGCAAUUACACUACCCUAGGAAGCCUGCUGACUGGUGUCAAUAGGCUGGAGUCUGGACCCGUGACCUUGGAAACAGUAAGUAAGGUAAAGGAAAACUUGGGAGGUCAAUUCUUCAGGUAA